AUGGAAGUGAGGAAUACUCAAGGUGCCGUACAUCGUUUCAUACAUCUCAUCAGUGGUCUGAGCUGGUCUCAAAAAAUGCCUUCCGACUCACGCUCACGGUCUAGAAGCAGAUCCACAACGAAGCAGAGCACGACACCUAGUAUUUGUACCGAAUCCGCCAUCUCCACAUGGCACUUCAUUCUACCCUUCCUCCUCCUCGUCAUCAUCGGUCUCGCUGGCGUCUACUUGAUACCCGUCUUCACAUACAGCAACGGACAAAGAACAUGGGAUAUAGGUGCAUGGGGUUAUACGGAACGUGGUAAUCCACAUAUUCGAUUCACGUCCUUACCGUAUCCCACACCCGGCGAAUGGCCCAUCGCAGUCAAACACGCUCCAGUCAUUCUUCUCCUUCACUUCAUCCUGGGUGUAUUCCUUCUAGCCUACAUUUUCAUUCUAUGUAUCAUCGCAAUGGCCACCGAAGCUCGCAAGAGAGGUCGUGUCGUACGAAUGCCACCCGUUUGGGUCAGACUCAUCGCGGCGAUACUAACGUUAAUGGUGCUCGUCGCCGCCGGAGGGGAUUUGGGCUAUUGGGUCGGCACUCAAAAUCAAGGAAUUGAUUUCAAGCUUGCGGUUCUCGGGUGGUUCGUUUUCGUUUGCGGCAUUUUGUUCGGGUUGGGGUGGUUGGCGGUCCAGCUUCAAGCGAUGAGGCUACAAAAGGAAGCUGAGAGAAGCGCAGCGCGCUCGGCCAGUCGACAACGGACAUAA